AUGCCGAAGGAGGCGCGUUGGAGAGAGCGGGAGUCUCUGGCUGUUGGACGACGCCACCAUGCAACCGUCGUGUUGGAGGCAGGCAGCCAGACGCUGCUCGGCGUUUUUGGUGGAUUCAAUAAAGGCUGUUCCCUCUCCUGUGAACUCUACGACGUCAGUCACGACAGGUGA